UAGAGAGUGGGCGUUGAAUAGAAGGAGUACGGUAAGCAAGAGCAAGGAUUAUGAAGAUAAAAACGAGAACCGUCAAAAUAAAAAUGAGAACUGUCAAAAAUAAAAGUGAGAAUUGUGACAUCUCAGGGCCAUAAUUUCGUUGACCAAAACAUGCUGACGCAAAAGAUGUUACACCACCUUGUUUCCAGAUGGAUCAGCAUUUGACACGAACUGGUGAGAAAGCUGUUCAUUUGUUACAACACAGUAAGGGUGGAAAGUUUCAUGAUUUGUGUUGCUUCUCAUGCAAAGAGGAAGUUUGAGUGGAGUUGGACGGUGAUAACAGUAAAAGGUGGUUAUAGAUUUAAGUAAAGAUGCGCUUAGAAAAAAGACUGUCAACGGAAGGUACUGUGACCAGCCGUAAAGAUUUUGAUGUUGUGAUCGUUGGAAAUGGCCCAUCUGCUAUCAUCUUAUCGUAUUUUUUGUCUGGCCAUUGGCCAUAUUACAAUGGGAAGCCUAUUGACGAUCCCAUCUUAAAGGACCGACUGAAGUACAUGUCACAAAAUAAGUCCUUGGUACUCGAGGAUCUGGAAUGGUUAAGCGAAGGUGUUUACGACUCGCGCACGAUGAAUCCUGUGAGUAUAUUAUUUGAUCACCUGUACCAUCCAAACGCAGACAUGCUAACAAAUGAUGAGGCGGUCAUUGAGUGGAGAUACAAUCCGGAGAACGAGGUUCGGCACAUUGUGCUUGGACUUGGUCCCCCAGGUGGGUCGUGGCACCGCAUGACAAACUCGCAGCUCACUGUCAGUCUGGCGCAAUGGCUGGAAAUGCCGGAAUAUCCGUUUAAAGAUUGGUUUAAAGCUAACGAAUCGAAGCUGGCUAACCUGCCGAAGAUUUCGCACAAAUAUGCUGUUCAUCCGGACCGAACGAAUGCUUUGUACGUCGGAAUGUAUUACUCCGAUUACGUUAAAGCUAUGGAUUUGUCUUCAUUCUUUAUGAACAAUGUCAAAGUAACAUCUGUCACCCAGUCAACGGAGAAUUCCUCGCAAUGGAAAAUCGAAGGAAUCCAAUAUGGGGAAGACCAAACGACAGAUUUUUCUGUUAUCUCAGAUAAUGUUGCACUUGCUUCAGGCGCGUUUAACCAUCCUCGAAAUUUGAAUGUUCCUGGUGAACAUUACUCGUUUGUACAUCAUAAACUCCCAGAUUUAGAAACUCUUCAUUCACAUAAUUGUCCGGUAGUGGUGGUUGGAUGCGGCCUGGUGGCGUUAGAUGCCGUUCUUAAUUUAAUGUCCAUGAAGAUACCAGUACUACAUGUGUUCAGACGGAACGCUAAAGAUCCCGAGCUCGUCUUAAACCAGCUCUCCUCCGCAUAUGCUGAUUAUUUGAAGCUUAAACCCCUGAUGACCACGAAGUCGCAGAUCAACGAAUACUACACGCCCUACGCACAACACAACCUAGCCGAAAUUUUGCCAAAUAAAGAAGUUAUUAUCGAACACGUGAACAAAAAAUUUAGAUUUAAAAUUCACGUCAGCAAAGUUCUCAUACACGUCGGUCUGUUGCCGGACUUAUCUAUUUUACCCAAUUCGGAUUUGUUAAAAGAGGAUCCCGAAUCGGAAUUCAACAUAAAGACUAACCCGUUAGAUAUAGACCUGUUUACGUAUGAAUGUAGGUCCCGCAAGGGCUUGUAUGCAUUGGGACCGCUUGUAGGUGACAAUUUUGUUCGAUUUAUAUCAGGCGGCGCUUUAGCCAUUACACAUGGUUUGUUCAGGAACGAGUGUUCUUCUGACGAGAGCGAGUGAGUAGGAAUUUUUGUUUAUUUUUAUUUGAUGUUAAAUUAUGAAAUUAGGAAAUACGAAAUAGGAAGAGUACCGAAUACCGGAUUCAAAAAACCCGGAAUUAUCGGAUUUAGUACUAAAAUAGUCAAAACCCUGGGUUUUUGGCGCUUGGUAUUUUUCACCAUAUAAAAAGAGAAAAAAAGUGACUUGUUUCAUCCACGAAUCUAUUUUGCAUACACCAGAAUAGAAAUUUAAAACGAAAUUAUUAAUUGAUGCGUGUUGACAGCGUCUAUAGUUGAUUCCAUCAUUUGUUUACCGUUUGCUUAACCUCCAUUUGUGGAGUGUUGGUACAAGUAUUUAGGGUGCUGAGAGAUCUUAUCAAUUAUGAAAAGUGUAGUUACUUUGUUGGUACACGCUGGUUUUUUUUUAAUCAAUUGUUAAAAGUGCGAGAUUUAUCCCUAUGCAUAGAUACUGUAUAUAAAAAAAAACGAUUCCAUCUAGUUUAAUUCAUAAAAAAAACCGAUUCCAUCUAGUUUAAUUCAAUAUUUUAAUCUUAUCUAUCUCUAUCAUGUUCUUAAAAAUGUUAUGCUUUAUUGGAAAAUUUUUAAUUAGACAAUGAGUCUUCCAAAACGUGCGUUAUUUGCCUUUCUAAAAUACGAGUCUGUGGAUUCUUACAAUUUAAAUGUGUUGGUCACACGUGUAACGUUUAUAUCAAAAAUUUUUCUCUUGUUGUUUUUUGUUUGAGGAGUCUACAUUUUCGGCGGAAAAAAGUUCUUAAAAAAACGAAAAUAUUUUUUUUUAAAUCACACACAGACAUGUAAUUAUAUGGAUUAAUUAGAAAAAAACACAAUUUCUCCAACCUUUGUGGGAGAUUUGGAAAUUAGGUUGCGAACCAUGAUUUAUUUAUUGUGAGAAAAAUUAUAAAAUAGUUUCAAGUAUUAUUAUUAAAGAAAUAUUAGUUUACCUUUUAAACCUCAGUUAAAUAAGACUCUAGAUUCUUUCUGCCUUGGUAACUAAUGUUUGGUAGCUGAAACUUUAGCUAGCUUAUAAAACGCCAUUAUGUGAAGUUUAUUAGUAACGCCCGUCAGAAUUUUUAUAAAUCAAUUUUUUAGUCAAGUUGAUUUUAUACUUUUUUGUUAUUGUUUAUUAUUGUGUAUUAUAUUUUUCAAAAAACAAAUAAAAAUGAAGUUAUAGAAAAGAUGUAACAAUAAGAUAAUAAA